UCUCAUUCACUUCCAAUGUCGAUGGAUAAAGACCCAACCAAUUUGUCUCGCACAUUCAAGUACCUUUUAGCUACUCAAUUCUUGUCGAGAGGAAUUCCAUUUAUAUUCAACACAUGGAUUGUGAGGCAUCUCACUGAAGAGGACUACGCGAAUUGAGAGUGCUGCUGAUUGCACGCUUGCCUAGUUGAUGAUCCUCGGGGGUCUUUGGAAAGCCAGAACCGGCCCACUUUAUCGUUGCAAAUUCAUCAUUGGUUUUAGCGCUCAGCCAGGUUAUCUUCACUUGGAAUGGAUUCUUUGAGAUCACACUGUGGAUAAAGGCAUAGUAGCGUGGCAUGCUAUCUUCAUCAUCAUAUGCAGCCCACACUUGGUUCUCACCAAAAGUGUCCUCAAUUCAGUCCCCAUCAAAGUCAUGGAAAUCUGGGUCUGGAACUCGCUGAGAUAGAGAGAGGGACCUCUGAGUCAGCAGAGAUAGAGUUGUUGUUGGUUUCAGAAUCAACAAUUUCGUUUGGACCAGGCUUUUCUUUUUUCUUCACUUUGACUUCUGCACCAGUAUUCUUUAAUAUAGAAGACGCAUACCGUUCAUCAAGCUUUUUACGAAUCUCCUUCCACUCAUCAAGCCUUCUACAACUCUCCUUUCACUUAUCAAGUUUCUUACAAAUCUCCUUCCGAGCCUUUUCCAUCAAGAUGUUCCUCAUUUUCUGCUGAGACAUGUCCCUAGUACCAUUUCGUCUGGAGUUUCCGGCAGCACUAACCUUUCCUGCAUCAAAACUAUUCUUCAGAGACCCAGACACGCUGAAAAUCUGAACCUGCAACAGUUCUUUCAAACAACAUGAGUUUUCCCAAAAUGUGUCUCCUCACUCAUCAGAGGUGUCGAAUCUUCAUGCCUUCUCUUCAAAUUCACAGAUGGCCUGUUAAAAAGACCAAGAGCUCCAGAAGCAGUAGAAACUGAUGUCGUUUCACUGGAAAUGCCACUCGGCAUAGAGAAAGGACCUGACCCAAGCAAUGAGUUGACGGCAGACAUCAGUGUCCUACUUGAAACAUGGUCGUUUCUUACCAAUCCGGUUGAGUUGAAGUUAUGCUAUUUCAACAAAGAAGCUCUUGAAGUGGGUGAAGCAUUUGCGAUUAAAGGCGGGGUUGGUGUCUCAGAAGCAAAAAAUGUCUUGUUGCAGCCGGCGCGAACAAUAUUGCAGUUUCUAUAAACAGCAAAGUACUCGUAAUGUGUCCAGCAGAAACUGCACACAGUCCAUAAUGAAUGUGGUUUAUCAAGAGGGGCUUUUGGAGUAGGAUUGGUGUGAGCAGCACUCAUUUGAUCUAUGUCUUUCCCGGUAGCAGAAUUAAACAAACCAUUAUAACGAGCAGGUACAGGAGGUGUUGGAGUAGGAUUGGCAUGAGUGCCACUUGUGAGAUCUCUGCUCUUUCGGUUAGCAGCAUUAAACAAACCACCCCGAGUAGCAGGUUCAGAAGGUUUCCCACCAAAGUUAGUAGUAUCAAACAAACUAUUCUGAGGUAUACCACCAGUAAUCCUUUUGAAGGACUCCCACAAGCGGCACUUUUGAUCAAAGGCGGCUCUCUUAGCUUUAUCAGAUAAUACAGUCCAAGCCUGAGAAACCAGCUUAAAUGCGCCAUCUGCACCCACUGCCUUGUUUUUCUCCAGAUGCAGACUAUAUAAACAUCAUGGUUGCCAGCAGUUCACGGAUGCCGUCAAUAUCGAGAUUCAGGGCCCAAGGCCUUCAUUGCAAGUAGUUUUGCAACACCAAAAUUAUCCUUCACUCUUUUUGAUUCCCUUCUUUAGAAGCAUGACACCGAAGCAACAUUAACUGGGAGUGAAUAAAUAUUCACACCAAGAAUCCAACAACUCAGUGUAUGCAGAAAGAUGCUUCCCUUAAUCGCACCAAGCCUAAGAAACCCUUAACAUGGAGGAAUAAAAGAUAAUGAGAAAUUGAAAUGUAUGCAGUGCAGUUUCAUCUAUUUGUCACAUGUGUUUUAUUUCUUAGCCGGGAGGGUUUCCGACGAGCAUGCAUGCGGAUGGAUAUAAAACGUGAUGGUACUUCAAUGGAAGAAGAUGUCGUGAAGCUAAUGAAAGUAGCAUGGAUGAGUGUCCCACUUGGCAUAUUUGUUACCAUUGUAGCAUCCCUUUUUGUCUUCUGGUGGCAACAAAUAAGUUAUUUUAGUCCUUAUGGGCAAGCUGUCUUGGUCAAUGGUUGUGCGUGCAUUUUGGAGCUGUUGGCCGAGCCUUUGUAUAUUCUUUCCCAGAACUUGGUCUUGCUUGAAUUACGGUUGAUGGUUGAGACAGUAGCUACAUUCUCACGGUGCUUGACGAUGUACUUUUUAAUUGUCAAGCUAACUGGAAUGGAAAAAUCAAUCAUAUUUGCGCUGUCACAGUCUGCUUAUGGAGCCAGCUUAUUUCUUGGUUAUUGGGGCUAUCUGCUUUUUUUUCGGAAACUUAGACAUUCUUACCUUUUCCCAUUCAGAAAAGGAAAUUUUUUUGGAUUUGACCAGCAGCUUUCGAAGAUGUGCACUCUGUUUACCUUUCAAUCGUUUCGAAAGCUGAUCCUUCAGGAAGGAGAGAAGAUAGUGCUUGUGUGGUUUGAUACACCAUAUAAUCAAGCUGUAUACGGCCUCGUGGAUAAAUUAGGUAGCUUAGUGGUGAGACUUGUCUUUUUACCAUUUGAAGAAAGUUCAUAUACAACAUUUGCAAGGUCUGCUUCAGGAGAAUACCCAGGAAAACACAAGAAAUUAGGAAAUUGUUUGACAGAAUCCCUCAAGUUGGUUUUGUUGAUUGGUGUUGUUUUCAUGGCAUUUGGUCCAAGUUAUUCUUAUUCCCUCAUUAGAUUGUUGUAUGGAAAAAAAUGGAGUGAUGGAGAAGCAUCAAUUGUUCUCCGCUAUUAUUGCUUUUAUGUCAUUGUUUUGGCUAUGAAUGGAACGUCUGAAGCCUUUAUGCAUGCAGUUGCAACAGAGAGCCAACUCAAGCGUUCAAAUGAUUCGCUACUUGUAUUCUCUUUGAUCUCCGUAGUUCUGAAUGUUCUACUAAUAAGGCUAUAUGGGUCAGUGGGCUUGAUCAUGGCAAAUUCUCUUAAUAUGACUCUGAGGAUUUUAUAUUCCGCGAUGUUCAUAAAGGAUUACUUCAAGGGAUCUUCCUCCUUUUCUUUUCGUGGCUGCUUUCCUUCAGGAUGGGUUAUUCUGUUACUUUCAAGCGUAAUCACUCUUGUUUCUGAAAAUGUAGUUUUGGACCAAGAUAAUUUCUGGCCAACAUUUAUGAUCCAUUUCUCUGUUGGGCUGGCUUGCUUCUGCGUGUCAUCAUACAUGAUCUAUUGUCGGGAAAAACCUUUCAUCAAGAAAAUUAUUCGCUUUCGCGACCAUUCGGACUGAUGAACUCUGUAAGUUAACUGCGAGAUAAUCGAAGAUGAUGAAUUACUAAUUAGUUUUCUAUGGAUGAUAGUUUGUCCUGAGCUGACAAACAUAAAUUUUGAUACAUGCAUAAUACUACUUGAUUCAGAUUUUUGUAAAUUAGACAUAAUUCAUAGAUAAUGACAGUGCAUUAUAAGUUUUUAAUUAUGUUAUAAUGAUAAUUGAAAAUCUUGAAAACAGUAUAAGAUUUAUGAAUCACUUAUUCUGCUA